AUGCCGAUGCGCUGGCAGCGCUCUGGGAGGCAGGGCUGCGCGCUCUUGAGGGACAGCAUGUCUGGCUCCACAAAGCUGCCAGAGACACUGCUGAACAGCAUGGCACACAACUUCACCAAGGAGGGCAUGGCACUAAAUCUACCCCGCACGCCCCCAGCGGUGACCCCCACAGCCCUGACCAGCCUCUGCCCCGGCCCUGACUCUGUGACUCUCUCCCCAGUGGACGUGACUCUGGAUCCAGACACGGCUCAUCCCAGACUCGUCCUGUCUGAGGAUCGGAAACGUGUGAGUUAUGGAGACAAACGCCAGGAUCUGCCCGACAACCCUGAGAGAUUUGAUUCUCGUCCCUGUGUCCUGGGCGCUGAGGUGUUCAACAGCGGGAGGCAUUACUGGGAGGUGGAGGUGGGAGACAAGACAGGCUGGGACCUGGGGGUUUGCAGGGAAUCUCUGAGCAGGAAGGGGAAUGCCAUGCCCACACCUAGGAAUGGAUACUGGGUCGUGUGGCUGUGGGAUGGGGAAUACAAGGCCAUCACCUCCCCACCGACCUCCCUCCCUGUGAGUGUGAGGCCCACCCGGGUGGGGAUUUUCCUGGACUGUGAGACGGGCGAGGUCUCGUUUUACAAUGUGACUGACAGGUCCCAUCUCUACACUUUCACUGUCACCUUCCGCAGGAAGCUCCGCCCUUAUUUCUGUCCUGGUGUCAACACUGGUACAAACGCGGCUCCCCUGAUAAUCUGCCAGGUCCCAGUUGAGGCCGGAGGGAAUCUCUGUCCCUGA